UUUGUUGUCGAUUGAGACACGUAUUUAUUCAAGUUCGAACAGAAUAUGGAAAAAUUGAAUAUUAGUCAACUAAAAUAUCAAUAUAUUGCAGUCAUUUGCGUGAACCUGUUGUCUCUUGCACAAGGAUACUGUGUUGCAUGGGUGACACCGUUAUUCCAGCUUCUACGAUCGGAUAAUAGUCCCCUGGACAGUGGACCAAUUACAUUGCUCGAAACGACUCUACUGGGUCUUUUACCAUGUGUUGGCUCAUUUCUCGGAACAAUUUUAUUUUCCAUAAUAUCCAGCCAUUUAGGACGCAUCACUUCAAUUACUUUACUUGUUAUCCCAAACAUGGCCUUUUGCAUCAUUUUAAUGGCAUCGACUUCAAUUAAUGUGAUUUUAAUAGGUCAAGUGAUUACUGGUAUGGCAUACGGCGGAAUACAUUUUUGUGUUCCGCUAUUUGUUGCGGAGAUGGCAGAUCCAAGAACUAGACCCAAGUUUUCCAUACGAGUGGAGCGAGUGAUGUUAGCUGUAAUUAGUUAGCACACAAAAUUACUUAAAGUGAACUGGGUCAUUAGCUUCGCCAACUGAAGAGAUCAAUAAAGUAAAGUACUUUUCAUCGAGUUUCAUAAAACGUUUUAUGCCACAGAGGCAUCUAAAGUUUGCGUUUUGCAUAUUAUGAUACUGAGUGGCAUUAUAGUCAUUUUUGCGCCUUGAAGUGUACUUUUGCAUGCUUUGUUGUUGAAAUGGUUGUGGAAUGAUUUUUACUUUCUACAUGCGUCGAAAACCUUACUUUUCAUGUUUCGAGCACUUCUUUCGAAGCCCUCAGCAUGCAAAAUCCAUUCCAUAACUCGGGAUAAAAAAUGAAAAGUCUCGUUCUAGUGUGUUUAUUGACCUCGGC